AUGGAUAAGGGUGAUGUAGAGAUGCGGGAUGUUGAAACGAAUGUCCCUGCUAGUGAUGUCCUUGGGUCCAAUGAGUCAUUGGUCAAGUACGAAAACGGUGUUAAGACUGGCAAAAGCAAUGCUGAGGACAAGACACAUGAUCAGUGUGAUUCAAAGGGAGAGGACUCGAAGAAUGCUAGAAGUGAGACAGAGGACGAGCUCAACUUUAAGAGUCAGCCAGAGGCACACAACAAUGUGGUGCUGGAGAACAAAACACCUACUGUUGAUGCUGGAAUGGAUGAUAUGGUAAAUGGCUAUGUGAAGUUGACAGAUGAUGAAGUACAGAUUAUUGACGAAGGAGAAGUGAAUGAUGUUCAUCAGAGUGAGAAAAUAAUAAAUGAGGUCAAUCAGAAUGGGAAUAAUAUGCUGGUUGAUAGAUCAGAGGACCCUCAGAUGAAGACAAAUGCUACAACUGUUACCACUGAUGGUGAUGCUAGGUCGGACGAGUUUCCGAAAGUGACAAUCGAAGUUAUGGAUUCUUCUAUUGGAAAAGCGCCAGAACCAGCCAGUCUAAUGUUUCUGAUCAAUCCUUCAACUGCAAAUGAUGGACAACAUAGUGGGGAAGCAUCUGAGAAUAUUUCUGGAAUGAUGGUUGAUGGUGAGGAUGAUGAAGGCUCCCCUGAGGAUCAAGCUGCGUUUAUAGGAAAACUAGGCACCUUUUACCAGGAGAAGGCGAUGGAAUUUAAACUACCAAAGUUUUAUGGUCAUCCGCUUAAUUGCCUAAAGUUAUGGAGAUCUGUGAUCAGAUUAGGUGGCUAUGAUCGGGUAACUGGAUGCAAAUUGUGGCGUCAAGUGGGAGACUCUUUUAAUCCCCCCAAGACUUGCACUACUGUAUCUUGGACAUUCCGCGGCUUCUAUGAGAAGUUACUUCUCCAAUACGAAAGGCAUAGGACACAAAACGGAGAGCUUCAACUUCCUAUUGCUCCUCCUCCUGGUUUUUCGGGUGUUGACAAUGAGGGAAGUGGUUACCAAAUUUCUGCAUCAGGAAGGGCAGUAAGAGAUUCAGCUGCUCGUUGUAGGCUAGGCUGGCAGGAGCAACACUCUCUUGGUUAUGGUGAGGUUGCUGAGCCAAUUGUAAAGGACAGGAGUGCCUACAAUACGCCAAAGCAUGCGAAGAACCUAAAAUCUAGUGGUUCUCUUAAGAACCAGGGACAAAAUGAAGAGGAACACGCAAUGAAAGCUGCUGGAACUGAAACAUCUAAGCAGUUGGAUGUCCAAGUUGUUGAUGUUGGACCCCCCGCUGAUUGGGUGAAAAUCAAUGUUCGUGAAACAAAUGAUUCCUUUGAGGUCUAUGCACUGGUGCCUGGGCUUUCACGAGAGGAGGUAUGGGUUCAAUCUGAUCCAGCUGGUCGCCUGGUCAUUACCGGUCAGCCAAACCAAUUUGACAAUCUUUGGGGUGUUACUGCCUUCAAGAAGAUGGUCACCUUACCUGCUAGAAUUGAUCAGCUUCGGACCAAUGCUGUUUUCACCCUUCAUGGGUGUCUUCAUGUUCAUGUGCCCUUGGCGCAGCAAAAUCUCUGAGUUAACAAAGCAGGAGUAGUGGUAGUUGGCCAAAAUUGUGAAUGCUUGGCCAUAGUUGUUUAGUUGUUGUUGAUGAUACUGUGGGUCAAAAACUUUGAAGGGCCCAGAUAUAGCAAAGGAGGUAUUUCGGCUUCAGCUGCCCCAGUAGAAACUUAGAUUGCUUUUCAAAGACAGAUGAAUAUGUGAUGAACAUAGCUUGGAGUAGUAUGUUGUUUUGAUACUGAAACGUAUCUCUCUUUUUAGCAUUUGACAAUUCUAUUAUAAUCUCGAAA